GUAAGAUUGUGUCAGUUCUCGGUGUAGAUCUGUUUAUCUCAGUUUCGAAUAACCUUAGGAUGUUUACUCAAGGUCGUUUAGGCAAACAUUACAUUAUUUUUAAGUAACUCUUAUGAUUUUGAUGUUGACGCCUCAUUUUUCUUAACGAAAACUCUUCGAUGUGCGCGAUUUUCGCUUCGUAUGAAAACUUUUUGUGAUAUUUGCGAAUUUGUUAGCAGAUUUUUUGAUGAAUGAAAACUAGAAGAUUUUGCCGCUCUCCCUCUACGUUGACCUUAGUGUAAACAACCGCACAAUGCUGUUUACAGAUAUUUGCACUUAAAAUGCAAGAAUGGUAUCAAAUGGAGUUACCCAACUUCUCCAGUUGCACGUGUGCAUUUUGGGAUUGUAUGUGACAUCAGUAGUAGCGUAUCAAAAUGAUUUUAAAUACAUCUCAUACCAAGAUCUUCAAUCUUCGGUUACAACUUUCCAGUCUCAAGGAAACUCAUCGUAUUCGCAAAUAUUGUUCGAUAUAUCAAGAAAUCAAAUUCUUGUAGGUGCGAGAGAUGGGCUGUAUCGACUGUCGGUAACUAAAUUGACAUUUUUGGAAUACGCGAAUUGGGAAUCUCCGGAAAAGAAACGAAUUUCCUGUAUAGACAAAGGCCAAACUGAUGAAAAAUGUCAUAAUUUUAUAAAAGUAUUAUUGAGUAACGGAAAAGAAAUUUUGUCGUGCGGCACUAACGCCUUUUCUCCACAAUGCUCAUGGAGACAAAUCGACAACAUAUCGAAUGUUACUAAAUUCGAAAAUGGGAUAGCAAAAAGUCCUUAUAAUCCCGCAGCGAAUAUCACUGCAUUCUUGUCCGAAAAUGGGGACUACUAUUUUGCUGGUCCUACUGAUUUUUCCAGCUCUGAUUCAUUGAUCUCAAAAUCAGUUGAUAAUAGAGUGCUACGAACUAAACAGUAUGAUAGUUUCUGGCUUAAUGAGCCUCAAUUCGUCGGUUCCUUCGAAACCGACAGAUUUGUUUAUUUUCUGUUUCGUGAAGCAGCUGUGGAAUACAUGAAUUGUGGAAAAAGUGUAUAUUCAAGAAUAGCAAGGGUUUGCAAAAACGAUAAAGGUGGCGGACACAUGUUUAGAGACAAUUUUUCAACAUUUAUAAAAGCUCGUUUGAACUGUUCGUUAAGUGGUGAUUAUCCGUUUUAUUUUAACGAAAUUCAGGGAAUGUCAUAUGUUGCUACCGAAAAUAGUGUCUAUGCUACGUUUAGUACCCCUUCAAAUAGUAUAGCAGGAUCUGCGAUUUGCGCUUUUAAUCUGACAACAAUAAACAGAGCUUUCGACGGCCCUUUUAAAUAUCAACAAGACAUUGAUAGUGCUUGGAAUAAGCACACUAAUGCGUAUAAAGAUCACUUUAAUUGUGAAUCAACGCACAGGAAGAUUAAUUUAUUAGAAACCUUGCAAUAUCAACUUAUGGAUUCUGCAGUACAGUCCACAAGUAUUGAUCCUUUACAUGUAGCUACAGGUGAACGAUUUACUCAUAUUACAGUUGAUAUUGUCGAAACAAAAUUAACAAACGUCCAUGUUAUAUACGUAGCUACUCUACAGGGCAUUAUUAAAAAACUAAGUUUAUUACCACCUUACAAGCAAUCGUGUGUAGUUGAGCUGUGGCAAGUUGUUCCAGAUGCAAAUAUUCCAAUUAAAAACAUGCAAUUCCUGAAAGAAACCAAUUCAGUUUACAUAACAACUAGCCAAGCAUUGAUGCAAAUUUCCGUGGAUCAUUGUAGCAGACAUGCCUCGUGGGACAACUGCCAAAACGCCAUGGAUCCAUACUGCGGUUGGAACGAUAGAGAAGAAAUUUGUUCGUUAGCACCUAGGGGAGAUCCCCAUGAUAAAUCUUGGAAACAAGUAAUUUCUUCCUGUCCACUUCUAAAUACUCCUAUCGAUGGCGGAUGGAGCAAUUGGUCCGAGUGGUACCCUUGCAAUCACAGAACAUUAACUGAUUCUAAUUCCUCCGAUAAGUGCUUGUGUCAAACUCGACAAUGUAAUAAUCCCGCGCCUGCCAAUAAUGGAAAACAGUGUAUAGGUCCAUUUAUAACAGUUACAAACUGUACAAUCCAUGGAGGAUGGUCCGACUGGUCCGCCUGGUCAGCAUGUUCAGCUACCUGUGGUACAGCUGUUAAAAGUAGAACUAGGACAUGUACAAAUCCUGCACCUGCUUUUGGAGGUAGAGUUUGCGUGGGUGAAGAUCGAAUGGAAGCGUUUUGCUCCGAAUAUCCUCCAUGUCCUUCGCAGCCAGUUGAUGGAGGUUGGGGCCCUUGGUCGCCGUGGACAUCCUGCACAGCUUCGUGUGGAGGUGGUUUUAGAAUAAGACAGCGAAAAUGUGAUAAUCCCCCACCUCAUAAUGGUGGUCAACAUUGUAGAGGAAACGACAUCGAAUAUGAAAGAUGCAACGAUCAUUCUUGUAGUGAAAUUAAAAAAUUCCAAACCACUGAAUGGGUCAAUGUUACAAAUUCAUCCUUCAAGGGAAAUCACCGGAAGAGAUACAAAAUAACUUGUAAAGCUCCUGUCAAGUUCCAAUACCAAAUAAAGAUAUCUGUCAAGGAAGAAGAACGAUUUUGUUCGAAUGAUCAGUGCAAUAACGAUGACAACGAAUUUUUAGGCUGGACCCCAUGGACCAGUUGGAACGAUUGUUCAGUGAGUUGUGGGGGAGGAGUACAAAAACGAACUAGAUCUUGUAGAAAAGGAAGGAACUGUCUAGGGGAAUCCACACAGACCAAGGAAUGCAACAAUCAUAGUUGUGAAGAUACGUGGGGUUGUUGGUCGGAAUGGUCCCCUUGCAAUGUUUCUUGUGGUUGGGGAGUAAGGACUCGUACCCGAACAUGUUUAGGACAAAAUUGCAACGGGCCUUCCAGAGAACAAGAGCCUUGUCAAGAUCAACCCUGCGAAGGAAUUUUGGGAUGGGGUAACUGGACAGAAUGGUCUUUAUGCGAUAACAAUAACGAACAACACAGAAAGAGAAGAUGUUUCCAUACUAAUCCGGGUUUGCAACAAUGUCAAGGGAAAAAUUGGGAGACUAGAAUUUGCUUUGGAGAUAUUUCAAAUGAUAUAUCUCCUUUGGGCAGCGUCAGUUUAGAAGCCAACAGCUGCGUAGCGGUAGGAAUAUGGUUUUUCUUGUUAGGUGCUUCAGUAGGAAUGAUUCCUGGUGUGGUCUUCCUCAUGUACAACUACUUCAAGAAAAAGAAGCAUACUAUACCGAGUUCUCCUCAUUACAUAAGCAAAGAAAACCCGUAUAUUCCAGUGCCUAGACGAGAUAAAAUGCCGAGAAAGCAGAGCUCGAACAAUAUCCCCUUCAGCGAUCACCACGGAACUCUUAAAGCUCGAAAAUUUUUCCCUGAUGAUUUUGAUAUACCAACGUUGAAACGAAGCAGCCACGGUAUAGGCAAUGGUUUCGCUAAACAAUACGAUAACGAUAAAAGUUUAUACGAGUGAUUGUGCAUGUAAAAAAUGUUAUAGGCGUUUUAUAGCUCAGAUAAAUCAACAGGCUUGUGAACCCUGUUGUUAUUGUAUGAAGCAGAAUCAAUACGUCAAUUCAAAUCGAAUUAACGACGAGUUAUUUGUAAAGAGAUUUAGGAAAGCACUGAAUAAAAUAUUUACUAUCAGGUGUUUAUUAUUAAGACCAGUGAAAGGAAAGAUGAAAUUUUGUUGCCCUAAACCGAAGUGCCAAAUAUGUUGUUAGAGUACCUAUUUUUAUAUUUUUAUUAAUAUUAACUUUGCAGUUUUAUGUAAAAGUUUUUGAUACGCUAAAUAGUUUUUAUCAAUCAUGUGAUAUGUUUUUAAUGGUUUUUGAACAUGUUAAUAACAUCAUUACUGACCAUUUUUUUAAUUUGAGUAUUAAAACGAUAAAAUAGCAGUAAAAUAUGACGGCUGUAUUAAAAUUUCUUUUUGUAAUAUUUGUUGAAAUAUUUAGUCAAUAUAUUAGUCCAUAUUUUCAAAAUGAUUAUUGUGUUUAAAAGUAUGUAAUUAUUUAAUAUUGGUUUAUAUAUUUUUAUGAGUCAAGUUUGUAAUAUUUGCUCCAUACUCAGUAUCAUGCCCAGCUUAAGAGACGGAAAACUACUUAUAAGAAUAACAACUAAUACAUAUUUUGAAUUCGCCAUUUAUAUUACCUACUAUAUACUUAUAAACUUCAUAAUUAUAUAUUAACCAAAAACAUUAACUUUAUAAACGAUUGUUAUGAUUUAGUAGUCAUAUGAAUUGUUUCUCAUAUUGGG